UGGGAUAGCGAAGGAAGGCGGUUUUCUUUAUUCCAUCUCACUUCGAUUGUUAAACCCCAACCGACUAAUCGUGAUUAACAGAUGACCGACCUUGUUUUGAGGAGUUAAAUCAACUUGUAACUGUAGACCUCAGCUGUAAACAUCAACUGGCUAAUAUUGUUUACUAGACGACCGACCUGUACACAUCAACAAUCAACCGUGAUGACGGCAUAAUGGAAACUAAUGAUGUUAUAACAUUUCAUCAGUGUACAAUAUGUGAUGAGAUUUUUCAACAAUUUGAUGAUUUAGAAAGUCACUACAAAGUCCAUGUUAAAGAAGAGAAAACUGAUGAUGUAGAUGGAUAUUGUCAUGUUCAAUUUAAUGUUAAAGCAGAGAAAACUGAUGACGUAGAUGAAUAUUGUCAUGCUAAAGAAGAGAAAACUGAAGAUAUUGAAACUGUUUAUCAGUGUAAUUUGUGUGAUGAAGAAUUUAAAUUAGAAUCUGAUUUAGAAAAACACUGUGAAAUACAUGUUAGCGAUGGGGAGUCUGUUUUACAACAUGGUAAAAAUUCAGAGACAAGUUUAAGCCAGAAUACUGAAAAAGAGAAGCACAAUUCACAAGAGUUUAAGAAGUGUGAUGUUCACAUCCGAAUCCAUACCGGUGCAAAACCUUAUAAAUGUGAUGUUUGCAGUAAAUCAUUUACUACCAGUAGUUGUCUCCAAACACACAUGAGAAGUCAUACAGGUGAGAGACCUUAUAAAUGUGAUGUUUGUAGUAAAUCAUUUACUGAUAGUAGUCAUCUACAGAGACACAUGAGAAUUCAUACUGGGGACAAACCUUAUCCAUGUGAUGUUUGUAGUAAAUCAUUUAUUGACAGCAGCGGUCUAAAGCAACACAUACGAAUUCAUACUGGAGAAACUUCUUUUAAAUGUGAUGUUUGUUAUAAGUCAUACACCAGAAGCCGUGAUCUACAGAAACAUUUUAGAAUUCAUACAGGUCAAAAUCUCUGUACAUGUGGUGUUUGUGGUAAAUCAUUUACUCACAAUAGUCUUCUUCAGAGACAUACUAGAAUUCAUAGUGGAGAAAAACACUUUAUGUGUGAUGUUUGUGGUAAAUCAUUUACUAACAGUAGUCAUCUACAGAGACAUAUCAGAAUUCAUACAGGUGAUAAACCUUAUAAAUGUGAUGUUUGUAGUAAAACAUUUUCUGAUACUAGUGGUCUCCACCAACACACAAGGACUCAUACAGGCGUAAAACCAUUUACAUGUGAUUUCUGUGGUAAAUCAUUUUCUGAUCCUAGUGGUCUGCAGCAACACAGGAGAAUUCACACUGGUCAAAAACCUUAUAAAUGUGAUGUUUGUAGUAAAUCAUUUAUAAACAGUGGUCAUCUUAAGAGACAUGUCAGAAUUCAUACUGGAAAAAAACCCUUUUAAAUGUCUGCUGUAAAUCAUUUACUCAGAGUAGUAAUGUACAACACACAUGCGAAUUCAUACUGGGGAAACCCUUUUAAAUGUGAUGUUUGUAGUAAAUCAUUUCCUCAGAGUAGUAAUGUACAACACACAUGAGAAUUCAUACUGGAAAAAAAAAACCUUUUAAAUGUGAUGUUUGUAGUAAAUCAUUUUCUGAUUGUAGUGCUAUGUAGCAUCACAAACUGAUGCUGGAGGAAAAAAAAAA